AUGACAAUAGCACAUGAUGAAUUAUCGUCAACGUUAAUGUUAAAUGAAGUUCAACUUUCAAAUACAGAGAUACUUUAUCUUGCUGAAUGUCUGCAAAACAAAGAGCACAUGAAUCGUGAAGAUGCACUUAACACCAUUGCCGAAUUGGAACAUUUUUACUCAGUUCUCAAAAAUACUAAUCUUGAAAUGUCUGUACCAUCGCCGAUGGUCGAUAAGGCAUGGCAUCAGCACAUUCUAAACACAAAAAUGUACAACAUCUUCUCGCGUCAACAUUUUGGCCUGGAAAUUCUUCAUCAUCUCCCUUUCUGGUCUGGCAACACAGGAAAUAUGGAGGACAUAUGGGGUGUUGAUGGUGAGCCUAGUCUAUUAGACAUGUACAAUGCCAUAGUGGUUAUGUUUGGUUUUGAAAAUGUCAAUAAAACAGUAUGGCUUAUGGAUGAAGACGAUCUUAAUCGUUUUCUUUGA